CUCGCCACGGUACUUUUCUGACAUCAAUAAGGGCCGAUACAGAGCGUGCAGGGCUUAAUUAUUACUUUUGGGCUGGCGGGCCCUAGCUUUUGGACGACAGAAUUUCUGUACAACACGGGUGGGGUGGCGUGUACCAGGUUGGGUGCAGGCCGUCCGCUCUCUCGCAGUCCUACGUCUAGCACGGGAUCCCCUUUUCCGAUUUGGAGCAAAUACAGCGCCGAGCCGGAGGGAGUGGUGCGCGCCCGUGGUCUGUCAGGCUGUGCUCAUGGAGAUUUCAGCUUCGGUGGCGCCGGCGCUCGGAUCCGGAUCGACGUCGGCGGCCAACGAUCAGGCGGCUUGCUUGGGGGUUCCCGUUCCGGGCGGCGGCGGCGCCGCGGCGGCAGCAUCGGGAGUUGCCUCGCCGGAACCUGUCGUGCGGCCGCUGUCUCCUGAUAUGCGCCCGUCGGAAGAAGGGUUGGCACAGCCGGCGGCGGAAAGGGCUUUGUCGGAUGUCGAGUUCUCCGGGGGUUCCUGCACAACGUUCAGCUCUGGCGGUGGUGAUGCGGCGUCCGGAGGCGGCAAUGGCGCGGCUCCGCCCGCCGUCUCACAAGGCUCGACUCAGUCCGUACCCCUCAGUGCCCAAGCAUCUCACAAGGCUCGAUUUUGAUGGAUAGAAAAAGUUCAGUCCAACUUACUGUCUGCUUAGGACAUUUGUAGAAGCGGAUGCCUGGGUUCCGGUCUGUUCCGGACACAAACCAUCUUGUCCUGACCUUGGGAAAAUGAUCAAUUGCAGACGAGGAGCUCUGGCACAGCGGCAAUGGAUCAAUACGGGGAGGCGCUUCUGCGUGGUGGGAAAAUGACGUUGCCAGGGAUCGGUCCGGCUGCAUGCUCCUUAAAUACAUCCAUGGAGAAAAAGUGUUUACUUUAUACAGUGUUCCAUUGCAACAGUCGUCUUUGGUACUCUCGCCUGAACGAGUACUGCUCGUGUCAGAUUAGUGUGUCAGGUGGUGCCCAUCGAAUACGCAUAUACGCCACAUCUCGCUCUCCAGAAGUCUGCCUAUACUCUAACUAGCACGCUCGGCGCUUCGAAUCGCGACUCCACACGCGCCGUGGAUGCGGUGCGUGCAGAUGCCACUGCGUGCAUCGAUGCACUUCUCAUGUACAUAAUAUGAAGUUGUUCCUUUCUUUACGAUAGAUGCUUGAGGUGUGCAACGCUAAACAAAAGAGCCUAUAGGAACAUAUAGUGUGUUUAGCACAAAAGAAGUUGUGCAAGUUAUUUGAGGACAAGCACAUGAUUUCUAGUG